CCUUGCUGACCGAGCGUUCACAUCCAGAAAAACCACGGGUGGUCAGACCCUGACUCGGUUCAACACGCACAUUACUGAGCUCCGUGGGCCGCACUGGGGCAUUCCCGUCACCAGUGGCGUGUACUAUCCCACCACGUACACCUCCAUGGCCCGAGGCACCAGGACGCAACAGAUCAUCGUCGCAACUCCGGACUGGAUGGAUUACAAUUUCACCGUGUACCACGGGAAGCCACCUUGCUACGAUUAUGACACCUGCUACGACUUUUGCCUUGAUGAAGACCGCGACAUGUACCCCAUCAUUGGUCCAACCAGGUACCCCACCGCCGCGAUCGAUUUCGAAAAUGGUGAUGCAUGGUACAUCGCAGCUUGUGUCGCCGCCGCCUUCAUCCUUCUGCUCGGCUCACUCUGCUGCUGUGCAGCGGCCCUCCGUCGCCGCCGCACCAAUUCUCUGUCGGAGAAGCUCGGCCGCAAACUCACGCAACUGCCCACCGAGAUCAUCGUCAACCAAGCCACCGGCACCGCCGUGGAUACCGCUACCGGCCAACCCGUCGAUCCCUCCACUGCCACCGCAGUCAUCAGCGGUUCCGCCGCCGGGGCCGAAGCCGGACGCAAGCAAUCCACCAUGACCACCAGCGGCAACGACGAUGGCAAAGGCACCUCAGCCCGCCGUGCCGAAGAGGGUCGUGGCCGCGUCAACUUCGAAGAUGGUGGCCGUCCUGGCAACGAGGCCCCGCCGCCCGAGCGUACCACCGUUACCGAAGUCGAACCUGCACCCCAGCCCGCCCCAGCCCCGGCCCCGGCCCCGGCCACCGAGACCGAGCGAACAGAGCGCGUGGAGACCAAGCCCGCCGGCCAGACCGAUGGCACCUUCGACCUCGCUACUACCGGCCGCCAAAUCCUCGACACCGGCUCCAUGCGUGGUCGUAAGCGCGGCCGUGUUGAAGGUGCUGCCAAGGGGCCUCCCUUUGGCUUCUAAGACAUUGAUGCAUUGUCCAACACUCGACUGGUUCACGACUGCUUCCGAUGAUUGGGAUGUCGGCAUGGGCUGACGAGGAGAUGGACGUCGACGGAACCCCCUACUU